GCUCAAUAAUGAAAAUAAAAAGACAAAGGAUAGGAAAGUGAGAAGACGAUUCUGACUGUAACAUAAAUUGCGUUUCUAUUGUGCGAAAAUUAAGUGAAAUAACCAAUUUUUGUGAUAUUUACAAAUAAGAAAAUCAAGAAUUCAAAAGAGAAAAUGUCGUACGCAUAUUUAUUUAAAUAUAUUAUUAUUGGCGAUACUGGUGUCGGAAAGUCAUGCCUUCUACUUCAGUUCACCGACAAACGUUUCCAACCUGUGCACGAUUUGACGAUUGGCGUGGAAUUUGGGGCACGCAUGAUUACAAUUGACGGCAAACAAAUCAAACUACAAAUCUGGGACACGGCUGGCCAGGAAGCGUUUAGAUCAAUUACUCGUUCAUAUUACCGUGGGGCAGCCGGAGCUUUAUUGGUGUAUGACAUCACACGUCGUGAAACAUUUAAUCAUUUGACUACAUGGCUGGAGGAUGCGCGCCAACAUUCGAACUCAAAUAUGGUCAUUAUGCUGAUUGGCAACAAGAGUGAUUUGGAUUCACGACGUGAAGUUAAAAAGGAGGAGGGUGAAGCCUUUGCACGCGAACAUGGUUUAGUAUUUAUGGAAACGUCAGCUCGCACAGCUGCCAAUGUAGAGGAAGCGUUUAUUAAUACAGCGAAAGAGAUUUACGAGAAAAUACAAGAAGGUGUUUUCGACAUAAACAAUGAGGCAAAUGGCAUUAAGAUUGGACAACAGCAUUCCCCAACGAAUCCCUCACUGCCGGGUGCUGGUAAUCAAGCUGGAUCGGCUAGUAGCGGCUGCUGUUAAGUGGCACUUCACAGCUGCGGCUGAAGUUAGUGAUUUUUUCUAACAUAUACAAAACCAAUAACUAUUAACUAGAUAUUUCCUUACUUCACAAGUUUAUUAUAAUUUUGUUUAUGUUGUUUUUUAUUUUAAAUCAACUAAAAGUGAAAUGUGUGUAACGAAAACCGGCAUUUCAAAAUAUUCUUAUAAUAUAAGAUAUGAACGAAUCUAAAAAACAUAUAAGCAUAUAUCAGUAGAUCAACAGCACGUAAAUAGAAAAUCAAAACCAAAUAAAGUCGUAUAAACUUA